CGAUCUUGCGUUGAAACUGUUCUUGUUAAGUGCAUGCUCUAUGGUUGAGUGUUAUAUUCUAAGGUAAAGAAUAUCGACGAGUGUCUUUGAAGUGUUACUUAAAUACAAAAUAAAAAUGCUUACCCAACGGGUGGUUGCAAGUGCACAAAAAGUUGUUAAACGUAAUAUUGGCAUCCUUGCACCUGCAUUCCAAGAAGCAAAGGAUCCCAUACAACAACUGUUCAUAGAUAAAAUUCGUGAAUACAAAUCAAAAAGCAGUGGUGGAAAAUUAGUCGAUGCCACUCCUGAAAUUCUAAGAGAAAAGCAAUCAGAACUUGACAGAGUUGCGAAACAGUUUGCCUUAAAAGGUGAUGCAACGGAGUUCCCGAAAUUCCAGUUCAAAGAUCCAGAAGUGGAAAAAUAGACAUAUUAUCGUAAGUGUAUCCAAAUAUAACAUUAGAAUUUAAAAUUGUUACACUUAAUGCUAAACAGUUGUAAAGAAUAUAUGUACAUGUAAAAUUAGAAA